CUCAGCUUUUGUUCGAUUUUCGAUUAUCUACUCGGCACGUACUAGUUAGGCUAUAGAGAGAAAUGUUGCAAAGCCCUCAGCUCCCGGAACCGCGGCCGGCUUUUGCAAAGCAACUCGCGCCAUAUAUCAAAACGCGGGAUGAGGUCCUCAAAAUCAGGCGUGCAUUGACCCUUUAUUUACAGGCUCAGGUCAUAUUUUCGGAUAUUGCUCCUGCUUCACAUAUAUCGCUGUGUGCUCCUCAGAAUGUCGCGGGCAUCAAACGAGUACCGUCGGAGUUCAGCAAUGGACUUCGAGCCCAAUAUUUGAGAGCCGUACAGGCCGACAUUGCCGCGAGGAAAGAAUAUCGUGGUCUGCUGGAAGAGGUGAAGGCUCUCACCGAAAGGAUGAGCCGCUGCAAUUCAGAGGAGUGUUCUUCGUCGGGAGCUCAAAAUUUCCAGACUCAUCUGUCUCUGCUUCGAAGCCGUAGGCUACGGAGCAAAAUUCAAAUCUGUCAACAUUACCUGGAUAAGUUGACUACAAUGGAGGCAGCUAGCUCGAACUUUCUCGAUGUAAAUCGCGAAAUGAAAGAAGUUUUUUCGUCCUCUGAGCGGUUCGUUGUACAUCAAUACGAGGCAGGAUAUUCUCCCGGGCACGGAAAUCAUCCUGAUGGCUUACUCUAUGAGUUGGAGCGGGCUGUGCUUGUUUCUAAGGCCCGGGUGGACAACGAAAAGAGCCUGCUUGGAAGAAUAAAGGCGCAAGUGCAACUAACCCGGGCCGACCAGGGAAAUAUAAGCCCGCAAGCCAGGUUGAAAGGCCUUAUGCGAAUUCGUGAUGAACUUAUCAAGUGGGUUGAACAUACACUUGCUACAUCUGGUAUGGAAAAUGCCAGCAAUGUUGACGAGAAGCAAACCCGUAAUGAAUCUGGCGAAAAUGAGGCUCGACUUCUGCUUGAUGGAUUGAAAACUGAAAUUGAACAACAAUAUGCUGCUUAUAUUUCCGCCCGUCGAAAACUGCUGGAGACAGUAUCUGCUACGUUAUGCAUAUCAAUGAAACCCCCCUCUCAGCCUCCACGGACGAGGUCCCAGCAUCAAGAGUUAGAACCUUCUUUUACGGACUUUGCGAUUGUGUUCCCAUAUGUCCAUGAAAACCUGGCUUCGGUUUCGAAAGCUCAAAAGACCACUGCAGGCCACAAAUCUUUCCUCUCUGCAAUCUUAUCUAAAGAAGUAUUGCAUUCCGGGAAAGUUUUUGAACGCCUGCAAAAUGAGAGCCAUUUGCUACCGGAGUACCCGAUUCCAGCCCGACACCAGCGUGUCAAACAGGUCACAACCACAAUCAACUCUCGAUCCGAGAUCGACGCGUCACCAAUAAGCAUAAAUCGCGAUUCAGGAGCUGUUAUGCAUGCGAAAGCAUGGGCUUUCGCUUCUGGGAUAGCACGGGAUUCUGCAAAAGACCAUAUUGACCAACAGCUGGCAAUUGGGACAGAAGCGACCAAGAGCGCCGACCGCACAUUGAGAGACAUUUACGAGACUAUGAAUCAGAAUUAUGAGGACGUAACAUCUUCGGGCGACGCCGUGGAAGGGCCGAAUGAAGGCGUUUGCGCCACGGGUCUAGGGUUCUCAAGAAAUAGAAAAGUUACCGGUCGGUUGGAGAAUCCGCGUAAGGGUCCGUGGUCCGGACUACACGGGAAGAUCGGUGUUACCGGAGACUGAAAAAAGAUUGACAAUGUUAAGUGGACUCUUUUCCGCUUUGCUCACGACGCUGUUCGGACCUUUUUCUACACCCGAGCCCAGUAUAGACUUCAUGAAAUGCACCCACG